AUGUCUUACUCCGGCGAAAGCAGCCCCAGCCCGUAUGACUAUCCUCUCCCAGGUGGUCCGGCACCACGUGGAGAUGUCGUCGUGACUGGCCUUACCGGCGGAUACGGCAGCGAGAAGAAGGGCAAGGGACACCACUACGGCGGCAAGGGCCACGGUCACUAUGGCCAUCACGGACACCACGGACAUCACGGCGGACACGGCAAGCACAAGGGUGGCCAUUACGGUCACCAUGGUGGCAAGCACAAGGGUGGCCAUUACGGACACUAUGGCCGCAAGCACAAGUAG